GGAAAUUAAAAGUGGAGAGCUGGCGGUUCCGUGGUUUGACUUUGGAGAAACCACGAAGGAGGCCUCUCCAUGGCGACUCCAUCUGACGCCGCGACGAUCAUAUGGAGCACGGAGCUCGAGCUAGCUCCACUGAUAGCAAUGGUGAGGAACCGGGAUUAUUUCGCCGGCGCUCGAUUCCACGUCCUCCGUGGCGCGUGCGAGCACCUGGCGCACGUCAGGGACUGCGUGCGCACGAGGGCCCGCGUGGCGGCGCGGCGGGGCAGGAGGCUGGCGACGGCGGCAGCCUGGACAGAGGAGGCGGAGAUCUACCUCCUCCGGUUCGGCGAGCUGCGGAGCGCGCACGGCCGGAUCCCCAGGCUCAUCUUCUGGGAUCUGCUCGGCUGCUACCGCGUCAGCAAGGUCGCGUCGCUGAUGAUGCCGCAGGUGAAGAGGCUGUGCGAAGAAGGGGGAAGGAUCGUGCGCAGGAGCAAGCUGCCCCAACCGAUGGAGAUCUCCACGGGGUUCGCGAGCAGGGAUCGUACCCUCCGGGCCGCGAUCGAGAGGGUGAGGACGAUCCAACCCAACGGCAUCGUCGCGAUCUGGGGCCGCGCCGGCUUGGGGAAGACUUACCUACUCAAGCUCGUUGAGGAGUACUUCUCCCGAGAUGACACCUUCGAUCUCGUGCUGCGAAUCGCCUCUCCGAGAGAUUCCUCCGUAGCCAAGGUACUAUCUAUACAUGCAUACUGAUUUAUUGCGAGUAGUAUAACACUAGGAUA